GUGUCAAGUUCAAUCAAACAACGGGGCGUAUUUUGUUUUGCACAAGUUUUACAUCUAUAAUUUGUUUAAUAAAAUUAUAAAUUUAAAACCCAUAAAGCAAGAUGAUGAACCAAUAUAUGAAAGAAUUGGAACAGGAUCCAUUUGAUCCUGACGAAUUUGUAGAGAGGAUGGUCCGGCGCAGCAUGCAGGAGUCUACACAUAAAGAUGACCAGUUUGAUCCUGAGAUGAUUCAUGACAUAUUUACUCAGGCUAUUCAAGACCUUAAGGUAUUACAAGAAAGACAGGAGAGGAAAUGUACUAGACUGGAACAGGAAGUGCAGGAACAAGAAAAAAUAUACAGCAAUAAACUAGCAGAUAUCAUGGAUCAACAUACACACUGUGUAGACGUGUUCAGAACAUUGGACGAGCGUAUGUCUCGCUGUGGGGGGCGAGCGCUCGAUGUCGGCGAGAAGCUCGGCGCGGCUCGGGCUCCGCGCGCUAGAGCCGCGGCCGCCAAAGACCUCCUGUCACACCUGGCACACUUCCUGAGCCCUGGCCCUGUGAUCUCAGACUUGUUCAAUGAUGCCAGCAAACUAAAUGAAGCUGCAGAUGUCAUUCAAAAACUUCACACCAUCGCUCAGGAACUGCCCCCAGACAAAUUCGAGGUGGCCAGGAAGAAGAUUGAAACAAAGUAUGACGAGAUUGAGAGGAACCUUAUUGAUGAGUUUGUGAAGGCUCAGAACCAAGGCAACUUGAAUAAAAUGAAGGAAAUAGCCAGUAUCAUGACAAACUUCAAAGGCUAUUCGCAGUGUGUUGAUGCCUUUAUUGAGACUAGUCAAAUGAACAGUCUUCUCGGGAAAGACAUAUUCUCAGCAGUUUUACCAUUAUGCAAGAAGAACUACAACAUCAUAAGCAGUGUUUUCCCCAACCCUGAGCAAGUGAUGAGCAAGUUUGUGCUGAACAUUUUCCAUCUGAAACUGCAGAAAUACAUACAGACCAAACUUGCUGAUAAGAAUGAUGUUGACAAGUAUUUGAGGAACUUGUACGAUAUGUACACAAGCACCCAACGCGUUUGCGACGAAUUAGUUGCCGCCGGCUUAGUUUCCGCGGACGGCAAUACCACAACCGGCGACCUCCGACGCGAAGCCUUAGUAAACGGUGCUAUGGCGGGAGCCAAUGAUGGUUAUCCAGCGCUCGAAAACAGGCGGCUGAAAGCAGCUCUAUCGAACGCCCUCAAUGUAUAUUAUGCUGAGAAACAACACGUUAAGAAGCAGAUUCAGGGUGGCGGCUUCCAAGAGCUUCGCCGUGAUUUGCAAGCAGUGAUCGGGACCAGGGCCAAUAUAAACAUAGCUCAAAUAGAGAACUAUGGCGGAGAAACUUUCCUCAGCGAGAGAUUGGUGGAAAAAAUGCUUGCUGAUGCCAAGACGUCGUUCCUAAGGUGUAAAACUUUAUGCACGAGCAACGAACUGCACGGAACAACAGUGGGUCUGUUGGAGGUGCUGAUCCAGCAUCUGAUGAUAGAGCACGUGGAUUACGCUUUGGACCUAGGGUUGCAGUCUAUCCCUAUCGCGGAGAGCAAGUCGCCACCUCAGAUUUACUUCUUCGAUAUAGUGAAGCAAGUGAAUCAAAUUGUAAAGAUGUUUGGUGAGCACUUUCAGGAGUGUGUACUGCCGUGCAUGAGCUCGACCUCAAAGCAAAAUGAAUGCGUUCAAAAAAAGAACGCGAUAAUAGAACAGCUUGAGAACAAGCUGGAUGCGGGUCUCGAACGAGCUAUAUCAGCUGUAGUGGGAUGGGUCAAGCUGCAUCUCCAGACGGAACAGAAAAAGACAGAUUUCAAGCCAGAGGGAGACAUCGAUACGAUAGCAUCGCCGGCAUGCUUGGCCGUGGUGCCUUACCUGAACUCAGUGAGCGACAAAAUCCAUUCAGGACUUGAAGGCGACAACUUGAACGCCGUCACCCUCGAACUAGCGGUCAGAUUGCAUCGAGUGCUGUAUGAACAUCUUCAGAAUUACCAGUUCAACUCCGCAGGAGCGAUGAUAGCAAUUUGCGACGUGAAGACCUACCGUUCGGCGGCGUGCGGCCACGGAGCACGAGCCGCCCCGCCCCCGGCCCAAGCGCUGUUUGAUGCCCUACAUGCGCUGUGCAACCUUCUGCUGGUGAAGCCAGAGAACUUGCAGCAGGUCUGCGAGGGUGACACUUUGGCGGAGUUAGACCGAUCCAUUCUACUCAACUUCGUACAACUGCGAUCAGACUACAAAAGUCACAAGUUGGCAAGUUUUCUCAAAGGACUUUCAUAAAGGAAUGUUAAGAAAUAACAUACUUAUUUAUAUUAAAUGUUAUCUGUAAUUAAUAAUCCAUAAGUGCUAUAUUGUUGCUGCGUAUAUAUAAAAACUUUAUAA